GUGUUUACACGUAAAUUAGAAUACGCCGCAACUGCAAACAUGCCGUUGACGCUGUUGCAGGACUGGUGUAGAGGGGAGCAUCUGAACAGCCAGCGCUCCAUGCUGAUCCUGGGCAUUCCGGAGGACUGUAGUGAGGAUGACUUUCAGGAGACUGUCCACGCGGCUCUCAGGCACCUGGGAAGAUACAGGGUCAUCGGCAGGAUGUUUAGGAGGGAGGAGAAUGCCCAGGCUUCUCUCCUGGAAUUUGCAGAAGAUUUUGACUGUUCUUCAGUCCCCAGAGAAAUAGUAGGCAAGGGGGGGCCCUGGGAGGUGAUUGUCGAACCUCCUAAUUCAGAUGGUGAAUUUCUUACUAGAUUGAACCACCUGUUAGAGGAGGAGAGGAGAACAGUGUCAGACAUUAACAGAAUCCUUGGAUCCUAUACUAAUUCUACUCCUAGACUGGCUUUUAACCCAGAAGUUUGGAACUGGGCCCAGACCCUGGAGGUCACAGUUCAGCCUCUGCUAGAACAAAUGUUGUAUCGAGAGCUAAGAGUGUUUUCUGGGAACACCGUAGCUGUCCCAGGGAUGUCAGCCUUUGAAGCCUGGUUUGAGCAUGCCACUGACAUGUUACAGAUGUGGCAAGUGCCUGAGAUGGAAAAAAGGCGCAGGCUGAUAGAGUGCCUUCGAGGCCCUGCUCUGCAGGUGGUCAGUGUGCUUCGGGCAAAUAAUGCUGGCAUUACGGUAAAGGAGUGCCUGCAGGCCCUGCAGCAGGUGUUUGGGCCAGUAGAGAAUGGCAAGAUGGCUCAGAUAAAAUUUUGUAAAGCCUAUCAGGAGCCAGGAGAGAAAGUCUCCAACUUUGUGGUCCGUUUGGAGCCACUGCUCCAAAAAGCUAUUGAAAAAAAGGUCAUACCACGGAAGAAUGUGAAUCAGACUCGCCUGAAACGAAUUUUAGGUGGAGCCACUCUCACUGACAAACUUCGAGACAAGCUUAAGCUGAUGAAACAGCGCAGGAAGCCACCAGGUUUCCUGGCGCUAGUGAAGCUCCUGCGGGAAGAGGAGGAGUGGGAGGCUACCAUGGGUCCAGACAGGGAGUUCCUGGAAGGGCUGGAAUUAUCCCCAAGAUCACCAAGCAGAGUCAGUGGGUUCGGGCCUUUUGUCCCUACCUCUGACCAGAGUGUAGAGACCUGGCCUUCCCAGGGCUCCCUGCGCCGUCGCCGCCGUGGCAGGAGGGGCCGCAGAGGUGGGAAGGGAAGUGUGCUGGGAGCUGGCUUUGGAGAUGCAGGAAACCGGAACCAUCACACAUUCUGCUACAGUUGUGGAGAAGAUGGCCACAUCAGGGUACAGUGCUUCAACCCCUCCAACCUGCGCUUGGUGAAGCAGAAGAAGCAGGCUGCAAUUGCAAAGUUGGGAAACGGAAACCGGGCUUGAGAUAAGAGCCAACCCAAGCCCCAGGCCAAGUAGGCUCCACAGAAGAAGGCACCCACUUUUACCACACGUUAAGCAGACAAAAGACAUACUGGAAAAAUGGAAAGGGCAGUCCAGACAAAUAGCAGGAGACUUGAGGGGGGGCAGAAGGGCAAAGCUGCCAGGCCCAGGCCAGACCCCCUCACCCUUCACCAGCUGCCACCAACCAAGACCAAAUGGCACCCAACUCUUUGGAGGCCACACACAGGGACCCCAUGAAGUGUCAGGGACACAUGCAAGAAACGGACCCUCCUAGCCCAGAAGGCAUCAAAAACUCCACUAUAGGACUCAAUGAAGCAGAGGCCCAAGAUAGUGAGGCUGUGGUCUGUGGUCUGGGUGUCAACCCAGUGACAUGGCCACCUCCAGAUGCCCACCAUGGGAGCUCUGAUUUAAGCCUACUCACUAAAUGUGAGGUUGCAUUGGGCAUAUACAGGCCUGCCCCAGCCAGAAAGAGCCAGUGCUGCAGGACACAGAGAGAAGACCCCAGAUGGAAAGCCCAGGCUGCAGCUUGUCUUCAGAAUCAUCCACACUGCUCCAGGGGAAGCCCAGGAGGGCAGAAUCCUGGAGCCCCUGUGUGAGUAAAAGCUGGGUCCCUAGACCCAAAGGCCCUGGGAGGCCAGAGCCACCCAGAGGCAGUUUCCUCCCCUGCAGCCUGACAAGCUGUGUGGGA